AUGCAGCUGCGUCUGCUCCGGAGCCGGAGGCCGUGCGCCUGGGAAAGUUGCAGAGGCAGCUUGAGUUCUACUUCUCGCAGCGGAACCUCGCGAAAGACGUGGCGCUGCGCCGCCUGGCUUCUUCAGUGCCCCAAGCUCCAGGCCGCAGGCACCAGCUUGUCGGAGCUCGCGCGGGCUGUGGCAAGCUCAGAGCUGCUUGAGGCGGAUGAGGCUUUGCGCGUGCGCCGCAAGGUGGAGCAGGGCCGUUGGCCCGAGCUGCAGCUCUCCAGCCGAAGAGGUGGCACUGUGCUGGUGCUCCGCAGGAUAGGCAAAACCUGUGCUUCGACCAGUUCGGAGAGUGCCACUUCCGAGGCGGAGGCUCCACCAGCGGCCGUGUCUGCAGAGAGGGCGAUGCUGUCAGAAAACGUUGAGGCUGCAGGAGACGCUGCGCCAGAGGCUACCACGGCUGCAGGAGACACUGCGCCAGAGGCUACCACGGCUGCAGGAGAAACUUCGCCAGAGGUUACCAUGGCUGCAGGAGAGGCUUCGCCAGAGAAGGCUACCACGGCUGCGGGAGAGGCUUCUCCAGAGAAGGCUGCUGCGGCUGCAGGAGACGCUGCGCCAGAGGCUACCACGGCUGCAGGAGAAACUUCGCCAGAGGUUACCAUGGCUGCAGGAGAGGCUUCGCCAGAGAAGGCUACCACGGCUGCGGGAGAGGCUUCUCCAGAGAAGGCUGCUGCGGCUGCAGGAGAGGCUGCGCCAGAGGCUACCACGGCUGCAGGAGACGCUGCGCCGGAGGCUACCACGGCUGCAGGGGAGGCUUCGCCAGUGAAGGCUACCACGCUUGCAGGAGAGCCAGAGGAGAAGGCUAGCAUGGCAGAAGAGGCCGCACAGAGUCAGGGCUCAAUGGAUGCGCCUGAGGCGGCAGCGUCGAAGCUGGGAGCUUCGCAGAUGGCCGCGCCGGAGACGUCUGAACGCCAUGUGGCCCAAGGUCCUGACAAGGACGGCGAAGGCGAACCCGCACACCGUUUGGCGCCCAAAGAUGCUGCGGCAGGCUUCGCGCGGCCGGCUUUGCGGCAGUGGGGUGUGCCGCGCUGGGCGGUGCUGGGCUCGGCAGAGGCCAACUUCGGUGAGGUGGUGGUCGCGCUUCGCCCCUUCCCCGGGGACGAGGCCCUGCAGUGUGGCGAGGUGCAGCUGUCACCCGGCGCGGCGGUGCGGCCGCUCUUUGGGCGGCAGCGCGCCAAGGCGCUGCAGCUGCUCUCCAAGCGCGCCCGCGCAGAGAUGGAGGUGCUGCUGACACUUACGCUGUGCGCUGCUAGAAGUCCAGGCCUGAACAGGCGGCUGCAAGAAGAUGGCAAUGCCAGAGCCCUGGUUCUGCUCAACGUGGUGGUCACCUUUGUGCCGCUGCCGCCCAAGAUCCAGUACCCCCUGGAUCCCGGGGCCAUGAUUGGAGGCGAAUCCGGCUUGAGCUCACGAGGCGCUUUCGUGGGUGCGCUUGGGGUGCCCUUCCUUUUCGGGACCGGAGUGGGGGCCCGGGAUUGGACGGCGGAUCUGUGGGAGGCAGGGCAGACACUGGCCAUGUGCCGGACAGUGGCCUGCUUCGAUUUCUUUUCCAUAGAGCUGGGACCGAUGGGCGCUAACCUUUGCUCUGCCUCCCUGGCGCAAGGGGCCUUCGCCCAGUGCACCAACUGCAGCACCGUGGAUGCCGCAGAUUGGAUCUUUUGCUUGGACACCAAGCAGGUGUCCCAGACAUCGAAGAAGAGGAGGAGAGCUAAGGACAAGUUCGCCAAGGAGUCCCUGGAAGUGGAUCUCAAGAGGCUAGAGGAUCUGACGCUGGAGCUGUUUAAGGCUCAUGACCUGAAUGACGACGGCCUCUUGCAGGAAGCUGAGCUCGUGUCGCUGAACGAGCGGAUCGCCAUGCUUCAUCAUGGAAAGGCAGCCAUAGAGCUGCAAGAGGUACGAGAUACGUAUCACCGCCUCUUCCGGACGAAGCUGAACCCACACGGCGACGCCGUGCCAUACGAAGUCUUCCGCAGAUACGCCCGGGGCGUGCUGGAUGAGCUAGAUCAAGACCCCGAGGCGCAGGAGAUGAUCCUCGAGCAGUUCGUAGCGGAGGCCCGGGCAGGGCGUGAAUCCAUGGACAUUUCCGUCCAUGGAGAUGUCGCUUUCGUGGAUGACAUCCAGGAGGAUGCCAACUUCGACAUGGGGCCAAUGGUGUGCAUGGACAGAGCAGCAGGCGAAGACUUUGAGACGGUGUGGCACACCAAGGAGUACAGCGAGCACAGUGCGGCGGUCGUAGAUGCGGCUGGGCUUCGGUCGCAGUCCUGGGAUGCGAAGGGAUGCGAUUUUCAGGAGGUGUUUCCACUACCAAGACCCGAGCGUCAUUCCUUGCCAGAUGGCAUUUGA